GCUGUUGCACGGGGACCGUUCGGUGAGCAUAACAAAAAAGCCGGUGAUACAGCGCGCCUUCUACACACUUCCUGGUCAUAUGUACUAACUAUAUAUUAUUACACCAUCGAGUAUCAAUGUGGUGGUAGGUGUAUGCAUUUGUGAACUGUGAACAGAGAAGUCACAUAUUAUCUACGCAUGUAUAUAUCAUAUUAACGUCAAGCAUAAGUACAAGCGUAACAAUACAAGUAUGUCUGACACAGGAGGUCAAACUCCGGCAGCCCCAGCCAUUCACCCGUCACGUUUGGCAUUUUUAACCAAUUUAAGCACUUCAGUUAGCGAUGCACCGACAUCUGCCGUCGCACCUAGUGCAGUAGCUGCAGCAGCACCGUCACAAACAGCUGAGAGCACAGCCGAACACAAACCAGAACGCCGUGCGAGCGCAUCAAGAGAUGAGAAGAAGUCAGACCACAGCAGGAGGUCACGAGAUAGAGGAGACAGAGAGGAGCGUAGUAAGAGCCGCAGGAGUAGGGAUCGUGGAGACCGAGGAUCACGUAGUCACAGAGAUCGCGAUAGAGACAGAGAUAGAGACAGGGGUAGUCGUAGAGACAGAGACCGUAGCCGUGACCGGAGCAGCCGAAGAGAUCGUGAUAGAGGAAGCAGAGAACGCCGACGCGACCGCGAUGGCAAUAGAGACAGAGACAGAAAUGACAGGCGAGACAGAGGGUCGCGAAGAGACCGAUCACGUUCAGGCUCACGAGGCAGAGGGCGAGACGGACCGUUGGCUGUGAGGAAGACGAAGUCGCGGUUCUGGGAUGUGUGUCCGCCUGGUUAUGAGAGUGUGACACCACUGCAGUUCAAGGCGAUGGUGGCAGCCGGGCAGAUCCCACCCACUGCUCUGGUCUCUAUGAUUCCCGGGUUUGGCAUUCCCUUCGACGCACCGGCGGUUCUCGGUCCCAAUGGAGCAGUAGUCCCAGGAAUGCCCAUGGGUCCUUUGGGAGGCAUGACUUCGUUGCCUAGCAACCACCCAGCAAUGAUGGGAGGGGGAGACUUUGGUGCCAUGAACUCCAGUGCCACGAGGCAAAGCCGGCGCUUGUACGUAGGCAAUAUCCCAUACGGAGUGUCUGACUCUGACAUGCAGACGUACUUCAACGAGCUUAUGGUGGAAAACAACCUGACCACCGCUCCAGGUCUACCGGUUAUAUCAGCACAGGUGAAUGUAGAGAAGAAUUUCUGCUUCUUGGAGUUUAGAGGAAUCGAGGAGACGACAAAUGGAUUAGCAUUCGACGGUAUCAAAUACCAGGGUUCAUCACUCAAACUAAGGCGACCGAAGGACUACCAAGUGAUCCCGGGAUACCCCUCAGAGCCACCGCAAGUACACAUCCCCGGUCUCAUCUCCACCACCGUGCCGGAUUCUAUAAAUAAGUUGUUCGUGGGAGGAUUACCGAUAUACUUGAGUGAAGAGCAAGUCAAGGAAUUACUGGGGGCGUUUGGCGAGCUGCGCGCGUUCAACUUGGUCAAAGACGUCGGCUCGGAGACAUCGAAGGGGUUCGCGUUCUUGGAGUACGUGGAUACCUCGAAUACAGAUCGGGCGAUUCACGGGUUACAUGGCAUGCAGGUAGCGGAUAAGCAACUGGUCGUACAAAGGGCGAGCGCCGGCAAGAGCGGCACUAUGCCACAGGUCGAUGUGGCGUCGGGUGCGCUUCCCGCGUCCCUAUUGGCCGCAACACAGAACCACGAGAACAUCUCCACUGAGGUGCUUGUGCUGCUCAAUAUGGUAACUACCGAAGAUCUGGCAGACGAUGAAGAAUAUGAAGAUAUCGUUGAGGAUAUCAGAGAAGAAUGUGCGAAGUUUGGAGCAGUGAAGGACAUGCGCAUCCCCCGGCCCAAGGAGGGAGUCACCGUCAUUGGCCUUGGAAAAGUGUUUGUGCGCUUCGAAGAGAUCGCUGGAGCCGAAGCAGCCCAACAAGCUCUCGCGGGCCGAAAGUUUGGAGGUCAAACCGUCGUAACGUCGUAUACCACAGUGACCAACUUCGAGAAUAGCGAUUUCAGUUGAUAAUCCUAAGGGUUUAACUUAGCAAGGUUGCUUCUUAUACCGAAAAGAACUCCAGAUGUACGUACCCGCAUGACAUUUGGGCCAUACUCAAUUGUCCAAGCAGCCACAGACCAAUGAGCCAAUAAAUACGGAAUACACCCAAUGCUAAG